GAGCUGACGCAAGGGAAGCGUUCGGGUCCAGGGGAGGCUGCACCGAGCGCCAAGGCCAGCGCAGAAAAACCCCAGGAGGAGCUGGACGCCUCCGAAGCAGAACGGGACUGGGGCUGCAGUGAUGUGAAGCCCACAGCCCAGCUGCAAAGUGAGAAAGAAGUGAGCUCCGCGGGUGAAGGCGAUGCAGCAAGCCCCCAAAAUCUCAGGACCGAUGCCACUGAAGAGGGGUGCAGUGCCCCAGCAGAGAGCGAGGGCUGGCAGAACGACAGCAACCCGCGCUCUGUCCUGGAGGCAGAGUCCCUCGAAGCCUUCCUGGAAAUUCCCCUGGAGGACAUAAAGGAGCUUCCUCGAACACGAUCUGAGCUCCAGGCCUACAGAAAUCACUUGGUCAUGGAGCUGCUGUGGUUGCAACAAGCCAUCACCAGCCGUAAAAACUACUUGAUGCUGAAACAGAGGCUGGGGACUCCUGACCCAUAG